AUAGGAAGUUCGUCAUUGUUGUUUUGCUUCGUCGCGGGCCUUGAUUAAUUAAACAAAAGAUAUAUUGGGGGUUACGAAAAUAAAAACAUCGAUUGAACGAUAGCGAAAUCGAAUUUAGUCCACCUCCAGCCUAGUAGGCGCAUUUUUAAUUGGGGAAUUUAUUGCAAACAACUCCCUUGUCGAAACAUGCACCACUCCAGCAUGAAGGUGGAUCUGUCCAACUUCUUCAAGGACGAACGCCGGCAGUCGUUAGUUUUCAUCGAUGCAACAUGGCAAAAUAUCAAGGACGUUCAGGAUCAUAUUCAAAACCUCUUCAGUUUGAAGGACAUUAGCCUUCUAACCACAGAUGGAUGUUUUCUGCCCCCGAGGGAAUCCAUUAAAGUACUUAAAGCUGCCGAUGGACUAAAGGCAUUUCGGUUCGCCAAUAGUGACCAGGGUACCUUUGUAAGUCCUGCUCCUGUGAAAUCCACCAAAAAGCGCAAGAAUCGUUCCGCCGAAGAAGGCGUUCACCUAGAUGCCUCCACACCCCUCCGCCCAUCAAAGCGCUCCAAAAAUCAAGGCGACAAUAAGUGGAUCGAAAAUUCGGCAGAAAUAUCUCUUGUAAAAGGAGACGAGAAGGAAAAGGACACUCCUGGACCUUCUGUGGAGUCAAAGCGAUCUAAAAACAAAGGCCAAAACAAAAAAACGACUGAAUCUGAGACAAUUUUAUAUGCGACAGAGGAGGUCGUGGCAGCGAAUAAGAAGAAGCGUUCCCAAAACAAGAACCACCAUAAAGCGCCUGAUGCUCCUGCGGAAACACUUCAUUUGACAGCCGCACUGCAGGAGGAUGGGACACCUGCUCCUGCGAGUACACCGAGUAGCACUCUCAUGGAGACAAAAAUGUCCAAAAACAAGAGUCACGCAAAAUCGCAUAAGUUCUUUGAGGCAGACAAACCUACUGAGAUGGAGGAAGGCGAAGUGGAGGAACCAGCUGGUCCGGGAUCUCCUGAAAGUCCGUCGGAAACAUCCCGUUUAACAGAUUUGGAUCAGAACAAGCAGAGCCCCAAGAAGCUAAAAGAUUCCAAAAACAAUGACCGCCCGAAACAUUCUGCCAUUUCUGACAAUACUGCGAAACUGGAAUCGGAGGCCUCUCCUCGUCCCUCCGUUACGUUUCGUUGCCCUCUCUUGGAGCUGGACUCCAAUGUUCCACGCAUAUUCGAAUUUCCUAAAAAAAAAAACGAGGUCCAAAUUCUAGAAAAUAUAAUAAUUAAGCCCAAUGACUUCAACCCAGAUGCAGUCAACGGGAAAAAAUCACCAACAUUAAUGUUCGAAUCUAAAAACUUACAAGAUGAUGCGCUAGAAAAAGUAGGCCUUGCAUCCUUACAUGUUGAAGCUGAAGAGACUCUUCCAGAAGAAACGACUGGUGAAGCAACCCUGCCCAAAGAUGCAACUGAAAUCGAAACUACUUUGCCAGAGGACGCAAUCGAAGCGGAAACAUUUCUUCCAGAAGACUCAAUAGAAGCUGAAAUCGAAACUACUCUGCCAGAGGACGCAAUCGAAGCGGGAACUUUUCUUCCAGAGGACUCAAUAGAAGCUGAAACCGCUUUUGCAGGCAAUUUGACUGAAGUUGAAUCAGCCUUUUCAGGCAAUUUGACAGAAGCUGAAACAGCUUUUCCAAGCAAUUUGACUGAAGCUGAAGCAACCCUUCCGGGCGAAACCAGCGAAGUUGAUGCAACUCAACCUGAAGAAUCUACUGAAGCCGAAUCAAUUCUACCGGACGACACAACUGAACCCGAUGGAACUCUUCCAGCAGACACAACGAAAGACGGAAACGUUCUGGAAGACGAAGCCGAGAUAUCAAAGAUUAAAAAUGAAGUCCAUUCUGAUGAUAUAAGACACUCACCAGUGCGCAUUUGUGCAGAAAGUUUAAUCUCAGAUUCCGAUGACGACGUAAUGGUUGUAGAUGACUCUAAUAUGGAUGUUUCAGACUUAGAUUCUGAUGUAGAGUCAGUCCAGGUCCCGAAGGAUAGAGACACCUUAGAUAUUAUAAUGGACCUCCUGCAGAGUGCACAUCCUCUAAACAAUCUGCCGACCAGAGGCGAUACGGUCCUGUUUAAGCUGCAUAAGAUCAAGGGAAACGAAAGAUCCGGGACAACCGAGUUUAUUGCCGGAAACUGUGCCUACGUCAACCGCCGUACCAAAGUCAUUACAGUGGAGACCAUCACCUGUCCCUCUGGAAUCGGACGUGUAUUGAACCAAUAUUGUGCGAAGGGCUUAGACGAAUCUUCUGAAAAUGUGGGAUCUUUAAGUGUUCAAUUUAGAGACAUGAUAGAGGCAAAAAUCGUUGUAGCCACAAUCGACUGAUAAUGUGUACAUUCUUGUUUUCUAUUUCCAGGUGUUCGUAUUUGUAUGGUAUUUAAAGUAUAAACGAUUAAACAACAUUUAGAUGUACGAA